AUGAUAUUGGUAGUAAAAAUUGUGAACAAGAUCAGAGCUCAAGCGUUACAAAGAAGAUUAUUCAAAACACUGGCCGAUGAAAUUGACUGUCAAUACGGGGAACUACUUCUUCACUCUGAGGUCCGAUGGUUAAGUAGGGGACGAGUGUUGAAACCUUCAGGGGAGAGACAAGGAACUAGCAAAAAUGAUUUAUUAUAUAAAAGCGUUCAUCAAAAAGAUUUGGGAACAAAACAAUCGAUGGCGAUACUAGGCUUUUCCCUGUUCUUCCAGAAAUUUCCUAAAACAGCCGAUGAGUGGUACAAAAUUGCCAUAGAUUGCGAAGAGAAGUGGCAAUUUCCUCAUUGUUUGGGCGCAAUCGAUGGAAAGCAUGUCCGGAUUGUUCCACCAAAGGAUAGUGAUUCAUACUACUUCAACUACAAGAAGACCACUUAG